CCUCUGCAAUAUAACCGUUAUUCAUAUCAAACAACCAGCUGUGUUCAUGUGUUAUUGAUUACCGAAAAGGAGCUAGCUAGCUAGCUAACUACAACAAGUUUCCCAUUAGCCAUAUCUUUUUUUGAAGUAGCAUAUAAUUGCCUUGCUAGCCAACUACAUAGUUGGCUACUACAUGACCACAGUGAAAUAACAAUGAAUCCCAAUGUGUGGAAUAUCAAAGAGAUUUUAAGCAUCCCAACUGGAUCCAUUGUGCCCAAGAUCACCAGCAGGAAUGGCGCUACCAGUGACUACUCCAGCUUGACAGACUCACAGUUCCUGUUUGGAUCCCAGUUUUGGCCUGAAAACUCCCAGGGCAUGUCACAGGACAUGGGCUUUUCAAACAGAACAUCUGGUAGCUCACAGUCACAGGAGGCAAGUGAGCCAAAGAUUUUAAGCAAUUACCAUUCCAAACCAUUCCUGUUCGGAGACGGAAAGGACAAAGGGAAGGCACCAAGCUUUACAAGUGGCAAAGCAAUUGGCGUACUGGACAGGUUUGAAGAGGACAAGAAAAAGGCAAAAGAAAAGUGUGAGAGUGACAUUCUCACCUCUGGAUUUCUACAAUUUCGUGAAAAACUUGAAAAUAUUAAGCUCUCUGUAAAUCACAUUGAUGAGAGCACUACAACAGGCAACAAAGAUUUUGCAGAUUUUGCAAAGACAUUGCAGCAAAACAUAGCCAGUCUGCAGGAUGGCUUUGCACAGCAGUUUGAGGCCAUGCUGAAUAAACUGAGCUCCCAGAAUCAGAUGCUGAAAGAGAUGGAGGACAGCGCUGCCAAGACGGGUGUGGCGACUACAGCACUCAGCUCCCACAUGCAGGGCCUGCAGCAGAAUCUGGAGGUCCUGAGACAUGAGCAGAGCCGAGAUCAAAGCAUGCUAGGAGAAGCCCUGUCCCUUCUAGGCACCUUGGUUUCCCAGCACGGGUCCGAACUCCUCCCCACACCUAUCAGGGUGACAGACAGCACGGUCCAGACAUCCCCAGGACUGGUAGAGAGGUUCUGCCUGGUGAGUGAGGAGAAGAGGUACUUCGAAGGUGUACGUCUCUGUGGUGCGACAGCGGUCUCAGCGCCUUGUAAAGCAGUGGCAUCAUGUGGUGUAGGGGAGACGGGAGGAGAGGCAGCAGGGCGGCUGCCCCCUUCAGAUAGAGGACCCAGAGGAGGACCCUCAGAGACAUGUGACCAGGGCCAGGCCACAGCCCCCAGAGCUCUGUACCCUCCUCCUGUGAUGAUGGGGGAGGUGGAGGAGGAUCAGCUGGAGCGGUGUAGCCAGAUGGUGCUGGAUGAGCCGGCUAAGACUUCCUGGCAGGGGGUGUACCCAUACCGCACAUGCUCUACCGCUGUGACUCAUGAACCAGGAAGAGGUGCCACAGCCCUACACUAUCCUAUGCAGGGCCUACAAGACCCCAGCACAUCGGGGGGCGCUCCAGCUCUACAGUACCCCAUGCAGGGCUUUCAGAACCCCAGCAGAGCCUACGCGCUUCUACAGGACGUGACCAUCAGGAGCACCCGCACCAUCAUGAACCCCCACUGCGACCCGGAGCAGAGCAGCCAGCCCGACCACAGCGAGCCUGCAGCGGUCCCCUCAGAGAGCCCCAGGGGCAGGAGCACCAUGGCUGGACGUAGGUUCACCCAGAGAGGCCAGGGACAGAGGAAACAGCCCUUCAGAAGCAGGAGGAGGGCACUGAUGCCACCACAGACCAGGAGUAACGGUGGAUUAGCGGGCAGGGGUCGGGAUGAGAACCGACAGCCCCUCAAAAACCAAAGGAGGCAGGGAGCUGGAUCGACUGGCAAGGAGCAGCAUGAUCCCAACAGGAUGGAAAUGGACACACUCAAACCAGAAGCGCAGAAACGACAGCAGGACAAGGAGGAAAAGUCUAAGAAAGCUACUGGAGGCUACCGCAACCCUUUCAGCUUGUGGUCCCAGGAAAGUAACAGCUCUGUGUGCGGGGCCACAGGGAACAACGCCAGGCCUGCCUGGGAAAAGACACCAUCGCCACCAUCGCCCCAGGCUGUCUCAAAGAGAAACAGAGGCUUAUGGCAGCUGUUUGACAUGAACUGUGAUUCUGACUGAUGUCUGAUGGGGAAUCAGGAUGUCAGUGUAGGAAGGUAUUGAGGAGGGAGUUGUUUGACAAGCUGUUGUUGUGUUUGGUUGACCUCACUGUUGACCUCACUGUGGUUUUGACAACAAAAUUCACAGUCAAAAUGUUAUUUUCCAUCGAUUCCCUAUGUUUGUGUUUUCAAAACCCUUUACACUGUAAAUGUUAUAUCAGACUUUCUCAUUAAGAUUAAACAUAUUCUACAAA